CGAAUUUCUUUCACAUUAUACAAAGCAAAAAAAAAAAAAAAGUUUUAAAAAAAGAAACACACACACAUAUAAAACCGGACAAAAAACCCCAUCAACUAACUAGAAAAAUCCAUAGCUGCAGAUGUCUAAUGAUGCAUCGACAACGUUUAAAUCCUGUAAGGCAGCAGCAGCAGCAGCAGCAACCACAACAACAACAACAACAGCAGCACCAUCACAUGGGCCGUGGUCAUGAAGUGACACUGUCGCCGAGGACACCACAAUCGCCUCAAACAGUGCGUCGCAAGAUGCCUUCUGUACGGCCAGAGCAAAUGACGACGACAGGGCCAGUCCCAGCCCCAGCCCCAGCCCCGGCAGUCCCUGCGACGAGGUGUUUGAGUCGAGCUCGUGGCAAAGGAGCAGCGAACCAAGCUGGAGAUUGGGGCGCGCGUAUGGCGAAGCCUAAUGUAGGACGACGGGGAGGAGUUUCGAAUCAACCGAUGCAGGCCGAGCAGUCGCAGCAACAACAGCAACGUAACCAUCAGCAUUUGCUGCCCCGUGUGGCACGAUUGGGUAACAAUAAUCACACCAACAUUAGCAACAACAAAGAAGUGGCAGGGGCAAAAAAUGUGACAGUACCUCCAAUUGCUUGUCCACCCUUGAAUCUAGGAACACGCGAAGGAUUGCCACCCAAGUCACCAUAUUUGCCCAGUGGCAGCGAAAUUCAGAUGAGCAGUAUGCCCGAUCAGACCACCAGCAGCACCAGUAGCAGCUCGGCAGGUCGGCAUCGUCAUCGUAUUAAAUUGGCCAAUGCCAUACGAUUGCCUGAUCAGCAGAACAAGAGUUUUGUCUAUCUUUGCAAGCCGGUGAAGAAGGUCAAGGAGUUGCUAACCGCUCGACAAUUGCGUCAAAGUAAUGAGCAUCUAGAUGAUGCUUUCGAAGCCGCUUUCGAAGUCGAUGGCGACAUGAUUGAUGAUCCGAUUGAUCCGAUUGAUAUUGACAAUGUCAUCAAGAAUUCAAGUGAUCUCUCGUCGACCACUUCCAGUCCAUACAAUAGUUUGGAAAUCCUGCAGAAACGACAACUGGAAGUGGAAGAGCAUUUCUCGAGUCUGCCUGGCAAAAGCUACCAACAAAUGCUUCAAACUCAAUUGCGGCAGGUGCGGCAACAGGAGACGCAACUGCAACGUUUGGCCAACUGCAGCAACAACCAACAGGACGACAGCAAGGACAAUAACAAUGAGGAUGAGAAUGAGAAUGUCAGACAUCGUAAGAACGAGAAACUUGAGAAAUUGGUAUGCCAGAACAUACCAACAUUGCAGAAUGAAAUAAAAGUAUUGCAGCAGUUGGGGGAGAAACUGGUGGCCACAUUGCGUGUAUCCACCGUGUGUCCAGCAGAGGAUAAUCGAAAUAUGGAGCAGCCCAAACAAUUGAGUAGCCUAAGCGAUGAUAAUAAUAACUCGUACGAUAUUGAUCUUGACAAUCACCAUAGCUUGGCCAGUCAAUCGUCGAGCAUUUACUAUACUCCGCGUGCCGUGUUGCCGGGCGAGUUGGUCAUACGAAAGAUUUGCUGCCUGCGCGUAGAGCGAGUACCGACAAUUUGCGAGACGGCCAGCGUAAUGGCUGCAUUUCACCAUGUUGGUGUCGUUAAGGAGUUUCGGAUCGAGAAGAAGACACUGAACGAAAUAAAGACUGGAGAUGAUACCCAAUGCUUUUAUAUGCCAUCCCACACCACAAUAUCGCCAGAAGGAGGACUAGGAGCAGUUGGUCUAAACAGAAGCUACAUUGAGAGAAAAACUGAAACCGCUGAGACUGCUGCUACCAUCAUUUUGGCCAAGGCCAAUGAAUUGCGUUGCACUUCAUUUCGCAAAUUGCGUGAAAAUCCAAAUGUUCUAAUCCAACAAUUGCGUCCAAAGUCAACGAUGCGUCCCUUCAAUUUGCUGGAGCAGGACACUAUCUUGUUCAUUAAUAGUCUGGCCCAUGGUGAUCCAUACAAAGUGUCUAGUUCCACUUCAAUUCCGAGCGAACAUCGUGAGGCUGGUGGGACUGCUGCCUUCGAUCCAACAACCAGAUUCCAUUCAGCCCAUGAUCGUCUAUCGGUUAGCUCGCAGACCUUUGGUUCCAGUCAAUUGCAGACGGUCACCACACAAACGGAUAAACUUAAGCCCAAACUGAAGUCAUCCUCAUCUUCAUUGAGCAUUGGCCAUCGUUCCAGACGUCUCUUGAAACGCAAAUCAAAGUCCCAUCUCUCCGAUGAGCAGGCAAGAAUUUUAAAAAACAUUCUAACAACGACACCGACCCCAACACCAACAUCGAUAUCCGCCGUCGAUUCCGGAGUGCUGCAAAGGCCGCCCAUAAACCGCCGACGCCGGCCGCGCCAAGUGGCGCCUUGUGGCCGCAGGGAUCUGGAGCCCAAAGUGCAUUUGCAUUUGCUCAAAACCGUUGCCGUUGGCAUUGUACAAAUCGCCGUGUUUCUUGUACUUAUUAUGGCUUUUACCUAUCCGGAUAUACGUUGUUGAUCAUCGCCACCAAUCGACUAAAAAUCAUCAAUCACGAAAGCAAAACGAAAAAUACGUAGGAAUUUAAAUUUUUUGAAUGUUUCAACCAUUUUUGGGGUAUCGAUUUUUUCCUUUCCGUUAUUCCGUAUCAAAUAUUUAUUUCUUUUUUGGUGUUGUAAUAAAAAAAAAAAGUG